CCCAACUCUAUCCACAACAAUUCGCAAUCGUCGACGUGGCAUCUCGGCGCCAAAAAUGGCGAAGUUCGACUUCUUCCGACAUGUGCCCGAAGACCUGAAGGUGCACACGUACUCGGGCAGCUUCUUCUCACUGCUGUCCUUCGCCAUCAUGGGACUAUUACUGAUCACCCACUGGGAAGCUUAUCGCUAUCAGAGUACCAAGACUACCGUCGUAAUGGACGAGCACCAGGAGGAUCGACUGCGUGUUAACUUCAACGUAAGUCUGCUCAAUGUACCUUGUUCCGUCGCGAGCGUUGAUCUCGAGGACCACAUGGGCCAGCGCUUCACCAACCUCACGCGCCACAUUCGCCACUUCCGCCUCGCUGCUGACCGCUCUUCCAAUCAAGUGGAGCGUCUGGAUGAGGUGGUGAUCGACAACCACGAGAAGGGUAUCCCGGUAUGGGGAGGUGUCCACCGAGACACCAAGGGCGCCAACGUCCACUACUCCACACCUUUGACCACCAAGAACUUCGACGAUUUCAUGGCCAAAUACGAACUCGUACUUGUGAAUUUCUACGCUCCCUGGUGUCCAUUCUGCCACCAACUCCACCCUGAAUGGGAGCGCGCGGCAGCCCAAUUGCCCGACCACCCAGAGUACAGUGAGAUGGUGCGUAUGGCCUCAGUGGACUGCACAGACCCGGAAGCUGUGUGGCUCUGUCGUCGCGCACAUAUCCGUGCUUUCCCUUCUAUGCUAAUCUACAUGUACGGAAGCACAUCCACGCGUUAUAUCUACAACGGACCGCGCAAGACCGAGCACCUAUUACAGUUCCUGGACCUAUUUUUCCGUCGUCUGGAGCCUGAUGCCGAUUUUGCUGAAGAAGUGAACGUGAACAACGACCGUCUUGGCCUCCCACUGCCGGUUCGAGUGAGCCAGGAGAACUUGGAGGGCAUUGACUUUAAGAAGCGCCGUCCGUCCAGCACGAUACAGACUGGUGCAGUGGAGGGAUGCGAGAUAUCGGGAAGUAUCAGUGUCAACCGUGUCCCUGGCGGACUUGUGUUCACCGCGCGCUCCGACGACGUGUCGUUUAAUGCACAAGCCAUCGAUGUCUCCCAUGUCGUGAACCACUUCUCCUUCGGUCAAGUCCGACGCACCGAGAAUUUGUUCAAAGGAGGCAGCCACAUGCUCGCAGCGCCGUCCAACCGAUUCCCGCUGGAUUCGAAGAUGUACACUAUCGAGAGCGAAAACGUCACUGUGCAGCACUUCUUGAACGUUGUGGGCUUUGACAACCAGGAUAACUCACGGAAGACGCACUUACAGCAGCGAUCUUAUGAGUUCUCAGCUACUACCACACAGUACGAGGACAAGACGCCGUCUGCGCUCUUCACGUUCGACAUCUCGCCGUUGGUAGUGCAGAUCACGACGGACAACAUUCCGUUCUAUCACUUCAUCACCCACCUGUGUGCAGUGAUUGGCGGUGUAUUCACCAUUCUGGGCCUCGUAGACUCGGGGGUUUUCCACACCAUGAACUCCAUCAAGAAGAAGCAGCAACUGGGCAAGCUGUCGUAGAGAGUGGUAAGACUACGAACACCUUACCCAUGCAUGUAGUGCAGAAGAAAAAAACAACAACAAAAGAAUAAAGAAAACAACACUCAUCUAUCUCUUUGAAGUGUCUAAAGA